CGAUGGGUGGGAUGCUUGGGGGACCGCCGGUAAGAAGAAGAAGAGCAAGAAAGAGGAGGAAGAGGAAAGAAAGAAGAAGGAGGAGGAGGAGGAAGACGCUGCUGCCGCUGCUGCUGCCGCUGCCACUGCUGCUGCUGCUGCCACUGCGGCUGCGGAUCUUAGCUGGGCUGAUCAGGCGGAUGGCAAUGGGGCAGCGGAUGAUUGGGCCUCGUUUGCUACCGUUGGAGGGAAGAAGAGUAAGAAGAAGAAGGGAAAGGGCGCCGAGGCCGCGCCUCCUCCACCCCCUGAACCCCCUGCAGCAGAUCCGGGCGCUGGAUUCGACGACAUCAAUCUCGAUGACUCGAGCGGCGCACCCAAGAUCGAAAUGUCGUUUGGAGACUCGGGCGGGGCCAAGUCAAGUCUCGGCGGAUUGGGUGGAUGGGGUGGAUGGGGAAGCAAGGGCAGCAGCUGGGGUUUCGACUCCACCACCACUGGAAAUGACGCCGCGAGUAAUGACAAUCCCUGGGGCUCACCCAAGGACAAGAAGAACUCCAAGGAUUCGUCUGGCUUUGACUUCAACUUCGACGCUUUCAACACGUCGUCUGCGCCUCCGCCCGUAGCCGAGGAGAAACCUGCAGAAGACGAGGAUGACGGCUGGGGUAGCUUCGGCAAGAAUAAGAAGAAGAAGAAGGCAACGGAGGAGCCGGCGCCGGAGCCUGAGAAAGAGGACUCGUGGGGUUCUUUCUCUUUCGGCGGCUCAAAGGACAAGAAGAAGAAGAAAAAAGGCGCUGCCGAGGAGACGUCGCCGCCGCCCCCUGAGCCGGAGCCCGUGAAGGACGAUGAUGGAUGGGGUGGAUGGGGAGCCGUCGGAUCAGGUAAGAAGAAGGGGAAGAAGGAGGAAGAAGUGCCGCCGCCUCCACCUCCGCCUCCCGAGCCUAGCCCACCCGCUGAAGAUGACUGGGCUUCGUUCGGGACAUCAGGCAAGCAGAAGAAAGGUAAGAAGGGUAAGGAAGAGCCGAAGGUCGAGGAAACACUUCCGGCACCGGAGCCCGAGCCUGUGCAGGAACCGGUCGUGGAACCUGAGCCGGUGCCUGAGCCCCCGAAGCCCGAGAUCGAUGAGUAUGCCGGGCUCAGUAAUACGCAGAAGAAGAAACUGAAGAAGCAGAAGGAGAAGGAGGCGAAAGAGAAGGCUGAAAGGGAAGAGAAGGAAGCCAAGGAGCGAGAAGAGCAAGAAGCUAAGGAGAAGGCAGAAAGAGAAGCGCAAGAAGCCAAGGAGCGCGAGGAGCAAGAAGCUAGGGAACGAGAACGGAAGGAAGCUGAGGAAAAGGCACGGCUUGAGGAGGAAGAGAAGAAGAAGAAGGAAGAGGAUAUUUGGGGAGAUUCAGCUUGGGGCACCACUUCGACGAAGAAGAAGAAGGGAAAGAAAGGUAAGGAGGAGCCUCUCCCACCUGCGCCUGCGCCACCUCCCGCCGUUCCCGAACCCCAACCUGAGAAGAAGGAGAGCGAUGAUUGGAGCUUCAGUUCCAUCUGGGGAGGCAAGAAGACGAAGAAGAAGAAGGAGCCUGAGCCCGGACCCAUCAUUGAAGACACAACCACUGUGCAAAGUCCCGAUGGUGUCGAAGAACCCAAGGCAGAGGGAGAAGAUGAGUGGGGCACUCCCUCUUGGGGCAAGAAGGUCAAGAAGUCGUCCUCGAAGGAUACGCCGGUGGAAGUAACCGAUGAUAUUUCGGCGCCCGUUCAAAAGCCCGACGAGGAUGACCCAUGGGGCAGCGCGCAGUUCAACAUGACCAAGAAGAAGAAGGGGAAGAAGGGCUCCACUUUAGCUCCGCCACCUGUUCCCACACCGCCUGGUGAAGUUGAGCUACCCGAGCCGAAGCAAAUUGAAGCGCCACCAGCUGUGGAGGAAGACCUGAAGGUAGACGACGAUCUCUGGGGUUUCAGCUCCUCGAAAAAGAAGAAAGGCAAGGACGAAGCGGUCGACGAUGGCGGCAAACUCAGCAAGACCGCGACAAAGGACUCGUCUGCUUCCAAGUCAGGCACUCCGAAGGAUACGUUUGAAGAUCUCAUUCAGCUGGACGAACCUCCCAAGGUGGAAGAGAAGAAGCCUGAGCCGCCGAAGAACGAGACAAAAACGGAGAAGAAGAAACGCCUGAAACGGGAGAAAGAGGAGGCUGCGCAGCGUGAAAAGGAAGCCAAAGAGAAGGAGGAGGAGGAGGCCAAGCAGCGUGAGAAAGAGGAAAAAGAACGCCUCGAACGCGAAGCACAAGAAGCAAAGGAGGCCGAGGAAGCUGCUGAACGAGCCCGAAUUGAAGCGGAAGAAGCGGAAAAGGCCAGGAUUGAGGCGGAAGAGGCUGAGAAAGCGAGGAAGGAGGCAGAGGAGGCUGAUAAGGCGAGGAAAGAGGCGGAAGAGGCUGAGAAGAGCUCUGGCUGGGGUCUAUUUGGUAAGAAGGCAAAGAAGGAGACGACGGCACAGAAGAAAGCGAGGGAGAAGAAAGAGAAGGAGGAAAAGGAGAGACUAGAGAAGGAGGAAGCCGAACGGUUAGAGCGCGAGGCAGAAGACGCCAGAGAGGCAGAAGAAGCAGCCGAGAGGGCCAGGAUCGAAGCUGAGGAAGCUGAGAAGGCGAGAAUUGAGACUGAGGAAGCCGAAAAGGCACGGAUAGAGGCCGAGGAGGCCGCAAAGAAGAAGGAAGCGGAAGAGGCGGAGAAGAGUUCUGGAUGGGGACUCUUCGGAGCAUCGAAGAAGUCGACAAAGAAGGAGACUGCCACUCAGAAGAAGGCUCGUGAGAAGAAGGAGAAGGCCGAGCGGGAGGAAGCCGAGCGCGUGGAACGGGAAGAAAAAGAACGCCUUGAGAAGGAAGAACAGGAACGGCUUGAGAGGGAGGAACAGGAACGCCUUGAGAAGGAGAAAGAGGAGCAGGAGAAACUGGAAAGGGAAGCCAAAGAAGCCGAAGAGGCCGCCAAGAAGAAAGAAGAGGAAAGCAGCAGCAUAUGGGGAUCUUGGGGUGGCCUCAAGAAAAAGGAGACGGCUAGCCAGAAGAAGGCUCGUGAAAAGAAGGAGAAAGCUGAGCGCGAGGAGCAGGAGCGGUUGGAGCGUGAGGCCAAAGAAGCCGCGGAAGCUGCAGAGAAGGCUAAGAAGGAGGCCGAAGAAGCUGAAGCUGCACGCAUUGCUGCUGAACAGGAGUUCCUCGAAACCACUUCGUCUAAGAAGAAAAAGAAGAAGGGGAAGGGCGCUGUCGAAGAGCCUGCACCACCUCCGCCGCCGCCGCCGCCUCCUCCCGCUGACGAGGAUCUGCUCGAUCUGGUCAAAGAUGUCCCUGCGGGUGAUCUACUCGCUGAACUAGAGAAAGACACCGCUUCUCCAGAAGAAACAUCAGGAGGAUGGGGAAGUGCUUGGGGCAUUUCCUUGCGCAAAACCAAGAAGACACCGCCGAAGGAAGAUGCGGUCAUGGUUGAGUCAGCCCGUGACAUCUCGCUUAUGGAGGAACCGAACGUGCCAGAACCUGUUGUCGCUGACGAACCACCCCCCAAGGCAGCCAAGUCUAAGAAGUCUGCAAAGUCGGGUGGUGUGGUUGCGGAACGGCUAAAGGCACUGCAGGAGAAGAGUGGCGAUAAAUCAAAGAUUGCAGAACUGGACUUUGAAUUUGAAGCCCCGGAACCACCUCCACCUCCUCCGCCACCACCGGAACCACCACUUGUUGAAGUCGUUGAGACAACGACGAAGAAGUCUUCGAAGUCCAAGAAGGAUAAAUCCUCGUCAAAGUCAAAGGUGAAAGAGCCACCUGUGGUGAUUCCAGAUCCUGAGCCUGUGGUACUUGCCAAGAAUCCCUCACCCGUGCCUGGUGGCUUUCCCAUGGACGACGAUAUGGACUUGCUUGACUUCAAUGACGCGGAAAUGGUCGAUGCCCGUGCGGACCCGCCUCCUCCGCCGCCGCCGCCAGCAGAGCCUGAACCUGUUGUUGUCGUCGUCGACAAAAAGGCCGAGAGGAAAGCGAAGAAGGCGAAGAAGGCGAAGGAGAGCAGCAAAGCCAUUGUUGAUGCUGCAGAUAUCGUCGAGAUUAUUGACCUAGCUGAACCACCUGCACCUCCACCUCCACCGGCUGAACGUGACGAACCUGCCGAACCUACCCUCGAUAUGGAGAUUGUCGAACCCCCGGAGAAGCUCCCGACACCGCCUCCCGAACCUGAAGUCAAACCUGAACCUGUAAAGAAGGAACGUGCAAAGGUGGUGCGACCCGCUAAUGGAGGAGCGAAUUGGGGUAUAUGGGGUGUCGCUGCCGGUGCGGCGGCUGCAUCACGACAGAAGCAGGCAAGAAAGCAGUCUACAGAUGAUGGCGCCAGUGCAACCCCAGUAAAGGCAAGCUUGAGCCGCUCCAAAUCAUCGCAGGUCUCUCCCGGAAAGGACAAGGACGUCAUGUCAAAAUCUUCAGGGUCAGACAAGACGAAUAAGACGCGGCCAAAGCCUGCGCGUGCUGCGACGGGCUUGGGCGCACUGUUUGGUGUACCUCCUCCGCAUUCUUCGUCGCGUGCAAAGUCACAUCGGACCUCUGCGACUCCCAAAACGAUGUCUCGAAGACCGUCGUUUGAUGGCGACGCUGCUAUGAUGUCGCCGCCUCAUACAGAUGUAGAUGUCAAGGUGCCUUCAAAGGCGGCAAAAGUCAUGGGUAUGAAAGGUUCCGUCAGCAGGCGAUCAAGUACCAGGGACAAGGGCAAAUCCAGAGCUGUACCAGACGCGUAUGCCAUCCCCGACGAUCUGGACAUGCCAUUGGAUGAUGAUGCGCCCGCAUCACCCACACCCGCUCCCAAGGCUGAGUCAUCCCGACGCAAGUCGUCGCGGGAGCCUACCGCUGUUACUCCAGCUGAACCGUUGACUGCACCACCGAGUGCCGAUGAUCCCGUUGACAUUGAUCCAAUGUCUGUCGAACCUCCUCACGUCGAAAGACACCAUAGUGAGCGAUCGAGACGAGACCGCAACACUUCGAAAGCAAGAGACUUAGCUACUGCGGGGGUUGCGGCUGGGGCUGCUGCAGCCGCUGCCGGCGGCCUGAUGAGCAUGUUUGGACUUGGGUCGCGCAAGAAGGGUCAGGAGGAAGACAAGCACGAGCGUCGCAGGAAUGCAUACGAGACCGAAGACGAACGCCGCCGCCGUAAACGAUCGUCCACGCGAGGUGCAGCGACCGAAGACGAAGCGAAACGGCUCCGUCAUGAGCGACGUAGUGUUCGCCGCUCCUCUCACAUGCCUGACGGAGCAGACAUGAUGAGCGGUGGUGCUGGGCCUGGCGAGGAUCUUGACCCGGAGCGCGAGGCCAGACGCGCAGAACGUAAAGCUCGACGCCAGGCAGAGAAGGAAGCACAACGCGCUGAUCUGGAAGCGGCUGAAGCCAAGGCGGAGCGUCGUCGUAACCGCGAGCGCGAGAAGGAGAGCGCGAUCCUUGCGGAGAAGAAGGCGAGGCAGAUGGCGGAGCUGGAGCGACGCAACAAGGAGGCUGAGGCUGAAUUGCGUCGCAUGGAGGAAAAGAAACAGCGCAAAGCUGCACGCGAGCAACGUAGGGCAAUGGAAGAGUCAGAGCGUGAGCGUGGUGAGCACCGUUCUUCUAAGCGCAGAGACAGGGAACGGGAGGGUUCUCGUCGUCCUA